GGUCAUUUCUGGUUUGAGUCGGAUGCGACAGUCGUGGCACUGCAGUUUAACUUGCACCGUUACCGUCAUCGUAGUCUUCCUCCUAGCUAUCUGUGGCGUACGUCAGUCCGGGUUUGGGCGAAUCAAGUGUCGUCAUUGACUUAUAACGUCCCCUCCAGUCUAAUCCUCUGGGGGAACACGAUGCGACAAACACCUCAUUUGCGCUUUGAUACUCUUUUUCGUGCAGUUUGAUAGUUUACUUCGCGCGCACCGAAGAUUAGCGGAUGACGAUGCAUGUCGGUUAAGAGGUUUCGAAAUCUAGAUAUAAAGGUAAGACAUGAUUCCCUCGUUGUCUUUGCAUUCAGAACAAGCAUCCAGCAUCCGAUCUCGAUAUACAUCGAUCGGGCUCAUCCAUUCGACAUUCCUAAAACUGUAUCAUAUCCCACAAAGCACAUCAAUAUCAAACAUAUCCACCCUUCUCCUCCUGUCUCCUUUCAAACAAGAAUCGCACACGAGCCAUCCAUUCACACCUCCACAUCCAAACUCCAACACCACCCAAACCACACAAGACACCCCAUUACCAAAACACCGACAAUGUGCCACAGACGCUGCAACGCCGCCUACCAACAACCCAUCUCCUGCUGCGGCACCACCCGCCGCCAACAACGCCGCGAGCAACGCCUCGCCCGCCGAUCCGAAGGUCCCAUCCACCAACUCGUCUACGCAGUCGCACAACCCCAACCCCAACCCCAAUCCCGCCAGCUCCAGCUCCAACCAAACUCUCUCUUCGCUGUUCAAGAUCAGCCCUACGGCUCGUGCUACGCUCCGUGCCGGCGCAGGAGAAAGGGCGGCAUGGCGUCCCUCCUCAUCGCGGGAAUCGGCCUCGGCGUCGAGAAGUUGAGGGAGAAGAAGGAGAAGAAGAAGGUCGCCGCCGCUGCUGCAGCCGCUGCUGGAGGAGAUGCGUCAUCCUCGUUGGCAACACAAGAGAGGGGUGUUUCUGAGAGAGGAGUGCCGAGGAAGAGUGAGGAGGUGAGGUGGGACGGGGAGAGGAGGGGGAGUUUUGAUAGCACGAGGAGUGAUGCGGAUCAGGAUGGGGUGCCGCCGCCGAGGUAUGAGGAUGUUGUUCGGGCGGGACAGGGUGCACUGGGUAGCAGGAGGGUUUAAUGGGGGAUGGGAGUUUUCAUGGAGGGGGUUGAAGUGUACGUUCUUGGUUGGCCUUUCGACUUGGUGUUUGGAGUUGUAUCAAUUUGUUUAUAUUUACUUUUCAACCUUUUUUUAUACAUACUUUUAUACGGAUCACGAUGAUGAGAUCAUAGCAAUACUCAAUUUGCUGAUUCCAAGUUGAAGUUUUUUAUGGUGGAUUGUUCUUAUUGCAUCGCAGUUACCAAAGACAUUUGUUUCAUGAUCAUCAAUGAACUCAAGUUGAGGUAGAGAUAUGAGGAACGUCAAAA